GAGCAGAGGAGAGCUAUAAUCGGACUGGUUGCAUAGCAGCACAUCGACAUAGAUCAGAUCAGGCCGCGGGAACCGAGGUUAAUAAUUCGCCGGAUUAAUUGGCGGCGAUGAGUUUCCGGCGGUUGGUGCAUCUGGUGGUGGACGACAUGAACGUCCGCCGCCGCACCUACAGUCUGCGUAGCAUCGACAUGUCCCACUUGUUCCGCCGCCCACUGAAGUCUAUUGGUGGUCGUCCGGAUCAUCCACCACCAAUGGAGGAGAAUCAGGAGAUGAAGCCGUCUCCGCUGCCUGCCCCGGCCAUGAGCUUUUACCCGCCCCGCGGGAGCCGGUACCAUGAUGAUGGUGUGAUGACUUUCAUGCUCCUCGGCGGCAAGCACAACAAGGUGGUCGCCACCGACCAGACAGGGCGCGCCGUCCUCCAUGAUCCCGACCAGCACGCCGUCCACACCCUGCGCAACUUCACCAGGCCCAAGUCCACACCCGUCUCCCUCACCGUUGGCGGGGAUCACCUCUACGUCCUCGACACGCUCCCGGAGCCGGGCAAUGAGGACCAAUGCUUCGAGUGCCUCGAGUACAACCGCGACGGGGACGGGGACGAGGACUGGUACCCCCGCGUCCUCCCGCCGCCGCGGCCCUACAAGUACGAGCCCGACCCGGCGAUGGGGGAUUCCACCCCCGGCGUCGAUUCAUACGCAAUGUCCGGCGACGGCUCCCACAUCUUGAUCUCCGAGGAGGGCGUUGGCACCUACUCCUUCGACACCGCUGCGGCCGCGUGGAGCAAGGCUGGCGACUGGACGCUGCCAUUCAGCGGCCUGGCCGAGUACGUCCCCGAGCACGGCUUCUGGUUCGGCCUCAAAUAUGACAGAUGCGUGUUCUGCGCGGUGGACCUCGCCUCCGCCUCCGCGCGGAGGCCGCCUGCAGUGCGCAACCUCUGGAAGGACCUCACUCCGCCGGCGGAGUGGACAGUCCCUCUCACAUCGCAUCUCGUGCACCUGGGCUCCGCCAGGUUCUGCAUCGCCAGGUUCUUCACCACUGACCCGUUCACCUCCAGCAGCUACCCGGUCACCCACGCGGUGUUCACGGCCGUGGAGGUGGAGCGCUGCGCCGACGCCGACGGAGGGCUCCGCAUGGUGAAGCACGGGUCCAAGCUGUACACGCUCCUCGACGACAUGGUGUAUUGGGUGCUCUAAAUUAGCUUCUAGUAGAUACAAGACAGGUCAUUUGAGGCCCUGAUCUCCAGAAGUAAUAAUCGUUCUCCCUUGGUACCUGAUGAUUUUCCUCAGGACCUUUGAGGUUUGGGUUGGUAUGAUGAAUAGCUAGUUUUUGUAAUUUCACUUCAACGAUUAACUUUGGAGUUUGCAUUUGGUUUGAUAAAUUCUUGAAAAUAUAUACAUGCCCCCAAAAAUUAUUUCAAGAAUAGAAGCAAAUUGAUACUA